UUCAAAAUGGCUACGUUAGCGAUUUGUCGAGGAGCUGUUUUAAAUGAAUUAAUGUUACAAGAUAAUGAGGAGCAUCCGUUGAACAAUGUUACGAUGUCAUCCAGAAGCAAUGAAAAAGUAACGGAUAAGAAUGCUUAUCGUGUGAAAAAUAAUAAUUACAGGUGGAAAAAAGAAUUAUACGCAGUUGAAGCACCUUUCAUAAUGAAGAGCCAGGCAGAGAGGAUUACAAGAGAACAACUGAUUGUUGACAGUGACAAUAUGAAAGAAACUUCAGCACAAAAAAAGAGAAAAAAGAAAUCUUGUAAAGCAUCACAGUUGACGGAGAAAGAAUGUUUGAUAAAAAGUUUGAUAGAACAAACGCUGCCUUCCUUAUUGUUAAAAGCUAGAGAAUUAAAUUAUAUCAGGGAAAUUCCAGAUGUAAGCAAACGCUUUGGUAUAAAUGAGAUGGCUCGUACUGCUGCCAUGACAGAGGCUUGUGGGAACUUGUUUCAAACUCUGUGUCAAGAAUUUGAUGAGAGGGGGCGUGUCUGCCUUGAAGACGUUAUCCUUACGGAUGAAAGUAAAAAAGUUGACGCAUCAGAUAUUAUUGGAAAAUGUGUACAAAACCGACAAGACAAAACCUUGUUAGUUGACAUUGGUGCAGACAAUUUUAUCAUCCCUCCACAAUCUUCCUUCCUGACUUCAAGCUUUCAGCAUUUUGUUUCAGGAGGCUACAAGAAAAUUUUAGAUUGCUAUGAUCUUGUUGUUAUUGAUCCUCCUUGGAUAAACAAGUCUGUAAAAAGGAAAAAGAGCUACUUGAUGGUUGCUGAGGAAGAUUUGAAAGAUAUCCCGUUAGGUGAUCUAACCCAGCACGGCAGCCUUGUGUGUGUGUGGGUCACCAACAACCAGAGGCUGAUAGACUUUGUCAAAGAUGAACUUUUUACAGCCUGGUCUGUCGUUUGGCUGGCAGACUGGGUCUGGUUGAAGAUCACCAGUACUGGAGAGCCUGUCUACAACAUCAACUCAGCUCAUAAGAAACCUUACGAGCAGCUAAUCAUUGGUCAAGUUCAACAGUCAUUCACACAGUCCACACCUUCAGAAAAUCAAACAGCCAGAUAUGAUUUGACAGAAACUCAUAGCAUUGUGCCAGCGGAAACAACAUUUAAGUUGCUGCCUGAAGUUAUCCCUACAACCAAUGAGGGGGAAAACUUGACUUUAAUAGACUCUGCACAACCUGAUACAACUCGUUUAGAGAAUUCCACAAUAAUUGAAAAGGACAUAAAAAUUCCUCAGCAGUUUCUUCUAGUUAGCGUGCCUAGUUGUUUACACUCUAAAAAGCCACCUUUGUCUGCAGUAUUAAAGCCAUAUUUGCCAGCGAAGCCUAAAUGUCUGGAACUGUUUGCUAGAAAUUUAACACCACGCUGGUGCAGCUGGGGCAACGAGCCACUCAAACAUCAGCAUAUAGACUACUAUGAAUUCAUUUAAGCCAUAAACCAGUUAAAUAAACGUGGCUGUAUACUGGAGUAUUUGGAUAAAUCAAUGGAACUCAGGGACUUAUUCUAAGCUAACAAAUCUAAAAAUCAAUUAAAUUGUUCUUUUGUACAGUUCUAUUAUAAAAACUAUUUUCUUUGUACAGCAUCAAUAAGCAUUUCAAUGUUUUUGACAUGUGUAAUAAAUCCAGGUUAUAAAAAUUC